CGGGGCUCCCGGUUGCUAGGGCCGCGCUGUUGCUAGGGCCGCGGCUGCCGCCACCGCGGCCUCCAGGCCCGCUGCCGCCGCCUUCCCCGGGCCGGGGCGAUGGUGAAGCUCGCUGCCAAAUGCAUCCUGGCAGGAGAUCCAGCUGUGGGGAAGAGCGCUUUAGCCCAGAUGUUCAGCAAUGAUGGGGCUCAUUUCCAGAAAAACUACACACUGACGACAGGCGUAGAACUGUUGGUGAAGGCUGUAUCAGUUCCAGAGACAAGUGAUAGUGUGGAAUUCUUCAUUUUUGACUCUGCAGGAAAAGAUCUAUUUUCUGAAAUGCUGGAGAAACUGUGGGAGCAACCCAAUGUCCUGUGCCUUGUGUACGAUGUCACUAAUGAGCAGUCUUUCAACAACUGUGCCAACUGGUUGGAGAAGCUGAGGGCUCAAGGAGUUGGAAUGCACAUCCCAGGUGUCUUAGUGGGGAAUAAAACAGACCUGGUUGGUCGUCGAGUUGUGGAGCAGAAACAAGCACAGGAGUGGGCUGAGAAGCAUGGCCUGGAAUACUGUGAGAUGUCAGUGAAGGAGAUGAAAAAUUUUGAGGCCCCUUUCCACAUCCUGGCAAAGUCAUUCCACCAACUGUACAAAGAGAAAGUGGAAACUUUUCACUCACUAGCUUGAGGGCUGUGAGUGGCUUGACUUAUCCUCUAAGCUUCUUCUAGUGCCCAGAAUCCUGCAGGAUGGAAUACAGAGAGAAGAAAAAAGACGAGCUAUUUGCUUCUUCAUGGUCAUCUCCUGGUAAUUCAAAAUAAACUAGAAAUAAGCAAGUGGAAAUGCACUCUUCUGAAGUUGCUACCUCAGCAUUCCUUUCAUGUCCUCUAACUUGGUUCUCUGCUCACUGAAAGUCUGCUAGGUUGGAGGAGGCGGGGAGUAAAAAGGGAAGGCAGAAUGGAAAUUACCAGCUCUUUGCUUUGAUAUUGUCUUGUCUCUUCUCUGAAUAGACUUCCUGCUGCUACAAGCAAGGAUAUAGAGGUUUGGAGAAGGAGAGAGGAAAUGCUUUUUUAACUUAAGCAACCCAGCCUUGAUACAUAUGUUGCAGGGCAGGACUGAUUUGGCCCUGCCACUUGAAAAGCAUUUUCAGUAGGAGGCCUACACCCUAAAAUCAACACACGGAGACUGAGAUACCACAGAAUCACAGAAUCACAGGUUGGAAAGGACCUCAGGGAUCAUCUAUUCCAACCUUUCUAGGAAGAGCACAGUCUAGACAAGAUUGCCCAGCACCCUGUCCAGCCGAAUCUUAAAAGUGUCCAAUGUGGCCGAGUCAACCACUUCCCUGGGGAGAUUAUUCCAAUGGUUGACCGUCCUCACUGUGAAAAAUUUCCCUCUCAUGUCCAAUAGGAAUCUUCCCAAGAGCAAUUUGUGUCCAUUCCUCCUUGUCCUCUCCAUGUGACUCCUUGUAAAAAGGGAGUCUCCAUCUUCUUUGUAGUUACCCCUUAAGUACUGGUACAUGGUGAUGAGAUCACCUCUAAGCCACCUUUUCUCAAGGCUGCACUAUCCCAGUUCUCCCAGCCUAUCCCCGCAUGGCAGGCUUCCCAGUCCUUUGAUCAUCGUGGUAGCCCUUCUCUGGACCCCUUCCAGCCUGUCCACAUCUUUUUUUGUGUAUAGCGGGGACCAGAAGUGUACCCCAUACUCCAGGUGUGGCCUGACAAGCGCUGAGUAGAGUGGAAUAAUUAUUUCUUUAUAUCUGCUGGUGAUGCCCUUUUUGAUGCAACCCAGCCUCUUGUUGGCCUGCUUGGCCGCAGCAGCACACUGUUUGCUCAUGUUGAGCUUCCUGUCCCCCAGGACCCCCGGGUCCCUUUCCACAGAGCUGCUUUCCAGCCAGGUGGAUCCCAGUCUGUGCUGCACUCCCAGAUUAUGUUUUCCCAGGUGCAAGACCUUACACUUGUCCUUGUUGAACUUCAUAAGGUUCUUGUUGGCCCAUUCUUCCAGCCUAUCCCCUAUAUGUGGGGACCGAACUGGAUUUAGGUGUGUUUCUGGGAGUGCACAGAGUUUGAGGACUGUUUAAGCAGUGUUAACCUUAUCAUUAGUAGGACUGAUAUGCUGAUGACUAAUAUGUGGUUCUGACUUCUAGAAUCUGGUUCUUUUCUUCAAUGUCACUCACUUUCACUGCCUGGUAGGAACUGUCUUGCAUCUGUACUGCUGUCACUUGGUAACGCAGUGCCCUCUGCUGGUCCCAGGUCACAAGAUAUCUCGAGAAGCUACAUCUCCUGAAGUGAGCAGGACUUCCUACAGGCACAUCCAAAUUGGCUUAUCUGCAAAAUGGGGUCAGAUAGCAAGAAUACCUCUUUUAUUCUAGGGAUGAGACCAACAUUUUAAACAAGCUAUCCUUCCUUCUUCAUGCAUUUGUCAUCUUAUGUGUUUUUGUGUAAUUUUUCUUUUUGUCAGCUGAACUUGGCAAUACCAUGUUCUCAUUAGGUUGAGUUCUUAAUACCUUGCUAGAAUCAGAAUCCUUCUUGUUAAACUUUCCCUGCUGUCCUUGGAUUUCAGAUUAAAGGCCACGAUUCUGAUGUCACUAGUGGAAAUGGGGCUCAGGAAAUGGAAAGAAUACCUGGCUAAGUUACUCUGACUCAGCCAUGUCUGGCUGAAGGUUUCAUACCAGAAAAAGUAAAAGCCUAGAGAGAACUGCUCUUUUGUGUGGAGUACUGAUGUUGCGUGUGUGAGAGUCUAUUUUCUUACGCAGUAUAUGAAAGCGUCCAUGGUAAGGUAUUGCCUGGUAACUGAGCCUAACACCAAGGGAUUCAAAACCGUAACCUUUCUUUUCCCCCAGAUUAUGUUAGCCUCUCUUGGGCAAGGGAAGCUGAAUUUUGUAGAGAGUAAGCACCAAGUGAUUUUUUCAGGCAGGCUUUUCAGGAAUCUGUGUUUCAAGGCUUUUAUAUAUGCAUUUGAUAACCAUUUUUACGCGCAAUGCUAGGGAAAGUACAUUGGAUUGAACAUAAGAAAUAUGGCUGCAGAUGAUGUAGCUGAGUUUAUGAAGCACUUCAAGAAUCAGGAGAAGCAGUUGGGCUCGUUUCACUGGCAACAGUGGGUUGAUGCUGGGAAUUAGCUAGGGAGCAUGAAUACCACUAGCUAGAGAGGUUAAGUAGGAUCUUACCCCACAAGAAAAGAACAUGAAUAGGUUCUUUUGCUAGAAGCCACCUCAAAAAAAUGACAGAACCAACUGGGAAAGCUCUUGCUUCCCCCAAAGAAGGACGGUCUCCUCCAUGGCCUUAGGGUAACUAGAAGACUCACCCUUUUUUGAACUGGAUUAGCACUACUGGCAUUUUUAUCUUACAUGGGUUGUCUUGUUUAUUAAUUCUUGGGGGGCAUCUGUUGAUUUACAUGGGCUGAGUGGAGUCUUGCCUGCAGGUGCUAGUACCCCUGACUUUUAAGAAUAGAAGUUAUUUUGGAUGAUGUGCUGAUCUAGUUAAAGAACUAAAGAAGGUUUGUUUUGAUUUGGUAGCUCAUUUCAUCCUGGUUCUAUUGAUGGUGUGAUUUCAACACAAGACAGAUAUUUUUUCAUAUUGAAAAUAGCGUGCCAGGUGUGUAUGCCACCUGUGACGUGUACAGGGGGGAUGAAUGCCUUGGGAAUGGGUGAUAAAGUGAAUUCUAUGCAAUCUUUAACCAGGGAGUUCGAUCUCUCUGCACCAGAAGGACCUCCUGUAACUUCAAAUAAACAGUCUAAAUGCACCAGUAAGAUGAAGAUUGGUGAAUGCUGUUUUAUUAAAUGAAUGCAAAAGCUGGAGGAUCUCAUUAAGGGAAUGCUUGCAGUGGUGAUUUGUGAUUUAUAGGGAAGCUGCUUUUGAGAGGUUAGUGAAGAAAAAUGCAUCACAUGCAGGGAAAGAUAUAUUGCCUGAGAGAGGAAAUGUAUGAUCUAAUUAGCUAGCAGUAGGGAUUCACCCACUGCCCCUUUCCCUCUUUCCACAGGCCAUGACUAGAAUUAGAAAAGAGGUUGUGUCUAAAGCAUGUUGCCCAACUUGCUUUUUACAGGACUAUUUUGAGCACUAACAUGGACACAAUUUAAUGUCCAUCAAAAUGGUAUGUUUGACAAUAACCAUCUCAGUCCUUCCGAAUGCAUUUUAAAAGCAUAAUAUAUUGUCCUUCCUGGCUAAUAUGCUAUAUAAUACCAGCAUGAUGCAAGUGAUGUUCUUGCUAUUUUCCUAGCUUAUUUGUGACCUUGGUUGUAGAGGCUAGUAGUGAAGGGUGGGUAGAGAACAUGGGAGCCGGAUUUGGGAGGGCUGGGGAAAAUAAUUUUGUGUCUGUGUGAAGGAGUUUAGGGUAGUGAGUAGGUGAGCUGGACAAGCAGGAUGAGAAAGAGUCUGAAGCCAUUAUUAAGUUUCUCUUACUGUGUUCAGUAACUGUUGUGGUCACAUCUGUAGGGUGAGGAUGCAUGUUUGCUGCUUACAGCCUUAGCAUCACUCAAAAUCACAGACGCUGGAGAACAGUGGGAAGAAGGCAGAAAGCCUGUCUGCUGACCAGGAAGCUUGUUGUCUUCUUACAGCUCCCCUACUUCGUCCAGCUGUGCAGUGCUGCAGGUGCUCAGCAUGGAUGUUUACAACCCAGAAGAGACCUAGCUCAACCAUUACUGAAAUUUCAAAAGAAGGGGGAGGAAACAAACAGGCCUUUAACUGUUUUUAAGAGAUACAUAGUCCUUCUUUUUCCUGCUUGCUUGUUUGAUUAAGCAAAAAACAUUCUUUCCUCCUUGGGGUCCCUCCUUACCUUUCCUUUGGUCCUCAUGAUUCUGCUGCACAGAAUCUCUGUUAUAUUUGUGCCCUGCUUUAGUUAGCUUGGUAUAUCAGCAGCUGAUUUUUUUUAUCCUUCUAAUUUCUGCAUUAUCUAUUCCCAAGGCUGCAAGACAUUUCUUCUUAGAGAGAUUAAUAGACGAAAGAAAACAAAAGUGGAAUUUUUAGUCAAAUUGUCUUGGAAGAAAGAACCCUAAGAAGCUGACUGACAUUCUGAAAUUUUACUGGAAAUUCGUUUGUGUAAAGUUGUCAUAUUAAAGAUGCUUUAAUGGUUUUGUUUUGUCUUGCCAGACAUAUUCUACUGUGGAGGGAAAUGCAGGAUGUAAAAUUCCAGAAAGAUCAGGUUUUAUUGUGGGAGUUAAUAGGAGUUUCAAAGCUGAUCAUACUGUGAUAAGAUCUGUUCAGUCUUAACAAUGGAGUGGUCACUGCUGUUCAUAAUAAAGCAUUAAAAAUACUGAAA